CUUUCACUACUCAAUACGAGGCUACCUGUAGUUCUUUGUAGGUGCCUUUCAUCAGGUUGAUGAAAUUCCUCUCUAGUAGUUUGCUGAGAAUUUUUAUUAUGAAGGGUGUUGGAUUUUGUCAAACGCCUUUGCUGCAUCAUAUCUACUCAUAUUUCACUGGGAAAACCUGUUAUACCUGUCUCAAAAUGGCAGAACAUCUGGUAAAGCCUAGUGGUGACAGCUGUGGCAAGAGGCUGAGCCCCAGACCCUGACAGGCUAAGGUGUCCUGGGGUUGGAGAAGCAGGCUCGCCCGUCCCUCUGCUCAGAAGGUCCAGCAGCCUGACCAGAUUCCGCAGCUUGCUGGGUUUUCCGGGGACUGCUUCCCUGCACGGUCCACACACCUGUCCCAAUGUCCUCACCAGGGAAGGGUCUACCCAGGGCCAGCCUGCCUCAAAGAAGAAGUGGUUUACUGUUUUUCCCGCUUUUAGAGGGAAUGAGGCCCCUGCUCCUGGUCCUUACUGUAGUCCACUGUCCAGCUGGCGCAUGCCCUGAGGCUCCCAUUAUACAAAUUGGAAGCUAAAGUGCAAAAGAACUAAGAAUUUGCAUAAGGUUCCCAACAGGCGAAGAAGGACUCCAAACGUAGGAAGUAGAGUUCGUUUUUCUGAUCCAGCUUCCUUUAACCUGCAGGGCUGCCCCAGAGCCCCGGGCUUCACCCAGCACUGGGUGCAGGCGGGAAGCCUGAGAGGCUGAUUCGGGCGCCCAAGCGAGGGCCCAGUUGAGUGAAACGGGAGCACCAAGGGGCUGGCACCUUGGCCCCCCGUGGAUUCAAAGGGUCGGGCUCCGCCCCCUCCCGGCCCCGAGUCCGCUUUGAUGUGCUGAUGCGGCCUGGAAGGGGCCACUUCACACCUCUGGCGCGGCAUAUAGCGGUCGCCAGUCCCUGGCCGGCAGACCCGUCGCCCCCGCUAUGGCCCAGCCGCUGUGCCCGCCGCUCUCUGAGUCCUGGAUGCUCUCCGUGGCCUGGGGCCCCGCUCGGCCGCCGCCGUCCUCCGAAAGGGACUGCUCCGCUCCCUCGUCCCCAGACUUGUGGGGCAGCCCCGUGCCAAGCCCCGCGCCACCCGGCGCCCGCCCGGACCCCGGCGCCGGGACAAUGGGGAGACGCAGCACGCGCAGCAGUCGCCUGGGUAGCGGACAGCGGCAGAGCGCCAGCGAAAGGGAGAAACUGCGCAUGCGCACGCUGGCCCGCGCCCUGCACGAGCUGCGCCGCUUCCUGCCGCCGUCCGUGGCGCCCGCCGGCCAGAGCCUGACCAAGAUCGAGACGCUGCGCCUGGCCAUCCGCUACAUCGGCCACCUGUCGGCCGUGCUGGGCCUCAGUGAAGAGAGUCUGCAGCGCCGACGCCCGCAGCGCGGGGACGCGGUGUCCCCUCGGGGUUGCCCGCUAUGUCUCGACGGCGGCCCCGCGCAGUCUCAGACCGAAACCGAGGGGUGGGAGCCCGGGCCGGGGCCGGGGCCGGGGCCGGGGCAGGGGCGCGGGCUGGGCCUGGGCUCCGCCGUCUGCGCCGGGGCGUCCUGGGGAUCCCUGCCCGCCUGCCCCGGAGCCCGACACGCGCCGGAGCUGCGCGACCCGCCUGCGCUCUUCGCCGAUGCGACGUGCCCGGAAGGGCAGGCGAUGGAGCCGAGCCCGCCGUCCGCCGUUAGUGCCUUCCCCUUCCCCCCGCGCACAGCCCCACCGCCCGCCACUGCCAGGACCGGGCACCGUAGCGCUCCCUGCCCGCAGCUUGCUCCUUCCCGCCGACGUGCUGGCCCUGCUGGAGACCUGGAUGCCCCUCUCGCCUUGGAGUGGCUGCCGGCCUGAGGAGCCCAAUGACAGCGGACAACUGACGCCCUCUCUGUGAGCACCGAGGCCGUUGUGGCCUCAGCACCUUCGAGGUGGUUCCUCUGCCAACUGCCUUUUCUGGAAGGGGGCACCGCGAUUCCAGCAGGGGCAUUGCUGCGGGUGAGAGCCGUCCCCACUGUGCCGGCUCUUCCCAGCGCCCCUAUCCCUGGAGGGACCCGUAGGGUUAGAGGCUUUGAGGCAAUCAGGAAGCUCUGCCUGAUGUGAAUUUAUUUAUUUGUGAAUAAACUGUGCUGAUGUCA